CAGAUAAUGUACCUCAAAGCUUCACUGAGCUUUGAUUUGAUUUUAAAUGUUAUCUGUGUAACUCUCUUGUUUCCACAGCAAGAAUGUCAGAAGGGGACAGUGUUGGUGAGUCUGUUCAUGGAAAGCCGUCUAUGGUCUAUAGAUUUUUCACAAGGCUUGGACAGAUCUACCAGUCCUGGUUAGAUAAAUCUACUCCAUAUACUGCAGUGAGAUGGAUUGUAACUUUGGGCCUGAGUUUUCUCUACAUGAUUAGAGUGUAUUUACUGCAGGGUUGGUACAUUGUGACAUAUGCCUUGGGAAUCUACCUUCUAAAUCUCUUCAUAGCUUUCUUGUCGCCAAAGGUAGACCCCUCUUUAAUGGAAGAUUCAGAUGAUGGCCCUUCGUUACCUACAAAGCAAAAUGAAGAAUUUCGACCUUUCAUUAGAAGGCUCCCAGAGUUUAAAUUCUGGCACUCUGCCACUAAAGGCAUCCUGGUUGCUAUGACCUGUACGUUCUUCGAGGCUUUCAACGUUCCUGUGUUUUGGCCAAUCCUUGUGAUGUACUUCAUUAUGAUGUUUUGUAUCACUAUGAAGAGGCAAAUCAAGCACAUGAUAAAAUACAGAUAUAUACCCUUCACACAUGGCAAGAGGAAAUACAAAGGGAAGGAAGAUGUGGGAAAGACCUUUGCUAGCUAGAAGGUGCAAUCAACCUGUUGACAAGUUCUUCUACAUAAAGGAAUGGUUUUGAGCCAUUGUAACAAUGCCUUUUUUCUUCAUAUAAAGUGAUUACGAGGGUGGUGACCAAGCAGUUGAAUUUUCAUUUUACGAGAAUCUUGCUAUUUUUAUCUGAACUAUCAGUUUCUUGAAGAAACUGGCAUUCUAACCAAAUUGCAUUGAAUUUAGUAUCUUUUCUAAGAGUUGGAG